AUGGUCGUGGGAGAGACGCUGGACAUCGACGACGCCGCUCUACGCGCUCAAGGCAGGGAGGCAGAGCUGAAGCGGUCAUUUUCCUGGGUCGGGGCUUUAGGAUUGGCAUUCGGUAUCACGAACUCGUGGCUGGGAUACGCCUCCUGCUUUGGUCUAGCCCUCUCAUAUGGCGGCGGACUGACUGCGGUAUUUGGACUCAUCAUCGCUGGAGUUCUGCAAUGGAUUGUGUUGCUGGGACUUGCAGAGCUGAGCUCUGCGUUAACAUCUUCCGGAGGACAAUACCACUUCACGUACAUACUUGCGCCCCGGCCAUUUAAAAACUUUUCAGCAUACACGGUGGGCAUCAUCAACGUUAUCACAUGGUGGGUGACAACCGCAUCAGGGACUUUCCUGACGGCCAUCUCGGCCUUUGGAAUAGCUAGAUUCUGGCACCCUGGGUUUUCCAGUGAGCAAUGGCAGAUAUAUCUUUGCUAUGUGCUUGUGAUAGCUAUUAGCUUGAUUCCCAUAUUCACUAUUCCCAUCCGUCACAUAGACUACCUCACCAAGACAUGCAUGUUCCUCUCUGUUGUUGGCUUCGUGAUGGUGAUGGUGAUUACACUCGUUAUGGGUCGGGGUGCAUAUCAUCCUAGCAACCUUGUCGAGUAUCGCGGAAGCAGUGGUUGGAGUGCUGGUCCGGCAUGGAUGAUGAGCAUUGGGAUUGGCGAAUAUGCCUUUGCAGCUGCUGGAGCCUGCACACACAUUGCGGAGGAGAUUCCUCGUCCGAGUCGUCGCGUGCCAUUGGUCAUCAACCUAACCAUCGUCGUGGGUAUGGUUACAGCUGUCCCGUGGAUUCUGGCCGCCGCCACGUUGAUUCAGGACGUGGAAUCCGUACAGAACUCGUUUCUGCCGAGCCUUGAACUGUUCUACCAGGCCACCGGAAGCAAAUACGCGGCGACAUUUAUGCAGGCGUAUAUGACGCUGUUGUAUUACUCCUGUAUUCCUAGUCAGUGGAUCACGUCGAGUCGCAUCGCCUGGGCCUUUUCGCGCGAUUUGACCAUGAAGAACGGACUGCCAUUCUCAAGUUACUGGAACCAUAUUCACCCGCGCUACGAUAUACCCGUUCGCACGACGCUCCUAUCGGCUGGGUUCUGCCUGGUCUACGGCUUGCUGUAUGUUGCCAGCUCGAGAGCAUUUAACACCAUCAUCAACACAGCUGUUAUCAUGUUGAACCUCACGUAUACCGUUCCCCAGGGUAUUCUGGCAACAUGCGGUCGGCAUCGGCUGCCACGUCGCCCAUUCGAUCUGGGCGUCUGGGGCUACGCAGUGAAUGUGUUCUCAGUUCUAUGGCUUAUAGUCAGUGGGACGUUCUUCUGCUUUCCUGUUGCACUACCGACUACAGUGGGUUCAAUGAAUUAUAGCUCGGUGGUGCUGGUUGGGAUCUUUGUGCUCGUCCUACUGCUCUGGAUAGAGCGACGCAAGAAAUUUUCUGGACCGGAGAUUGACUGGGAUAUGUUGAACGCGAGUAAUUCUUGA